GCGUGGUCUCAAUUACCAUGGCGACCGAAUGCCACAGUAGCAGUCGGCAGCAUUAGGACUUACAGCUCUCCUGGUAGGUAGCUAUGGACCCAAGGACGCUUAUCGUGAAGCUAUCAUCAGUUUACAGGUCAAGGAGUUCCAGGUCGAUCACUUCUAUGCUCUCACUGUAAAGGUCCAGCUGUCAAAAUGUCGAACAAAAUGUCAACCAUUAGUCAUGGAAGGCGUUCACCUUCACUCAAUCAAAGUCAUAGGCCAGUGGUAUCAACACAAUCACGUACUCCUCAUAGACCUCCCAUUACUACUGAUUCAAGAACUAUUGUAAACAGAGUGAGAGAGAAAGUAUCUCAACCUCCUUCAUCACCAUGCCUCUCCGAUGCAAGGAAGAAACGACAAAAUGAGAGACGAACUGAUCCCAAAUCUUCUCCUGUUCAUUCUUAUUCUGCCCCUCACUACAACUACUCCUCUUCCUCAUCUUUUAGAACUCCUAUCACUGGUACUAGCUCUCAUAAUAUAGCUCACGAUAAACGAAGCAGUCAAUCUCUCAAUACUCAAAGGGUCAAUAGUGAUGGCCGCUAUCAUCACCAUCAUGGGGCAUUAGCUAAUAGUGUGCUUCAUAAAACGACGCCUCUCUGGAAUGCAGAGAGAGAAACCUUGGUGGAAACAAACUACCUUUAUCGUAGUCACCCGGCUCAACCCCAUACUAGUUAUACCUCCAGUUAUACAGGUAUUAGCUCACCUAGUCUGAAACCACGAACCAGCUCCAUAUCACAGACACAGUCUCAGACCUAUGCCUCUUAUUCACCUUCUUUUAAUCACACCACAACCAUUGCUCCUGCUAUAGGAGACACUACUGGGGUAAGACACAUUCAUCGGGGUAGCCAUUCAGUUGAUAGUAUUCCUGUGGCUGGAAUAAGAACUUCACCUGAAAGUUCUGUAUCUCCUCUGCCUCGGAUACCAAAGAGGCCAUCAAUAGAUCUCGUUUCGGCACAGCUGGACAGUAAAGUGUCCAGCAGGAAGAUAGUGACAGUUCCAUCAUUGCUUACAUCACAUAGUGGACUCCUGGGUCUUUACAACUCUGGAAACACAUGCUACAUGAACUCGGUCCUUCAGUGUCUGAGUCACACCAGACAAAUGACAGAGUUCUUUCUCUCGGGAGAUGCAAAGGCAGAGGCUGCAGAAGCAACUAGAACCAAAGCAAGAAGGAGUUCACUCGUUAACGCUUAUACAGAAUUCUUAGAGCAGAUGUGGAAACCAAAAGAUGAUAAAGCAGUAACGCCUAACCAUUUACGCUCAGCAAUGUCUUCCUUAAUUCCAAUGGUCAGGACUAGCGAACAACAAGAUGCUCAAGAGUUCCUCCAGUUUUUACUGUGUUGUCUACACGAGGAGACAAAUAAGCCAAAAAAGAGACUAGAGUCUUCAGAAUCCUCAUCAUCGACUAACCUUACUCCUAGUGAAUUGGCACGCUCAUCUUGGAAGAGGAGUCUGAGCUAUGACAACAGUUACCUCUCAGAUCUCUUCAUGGGUCAAGUUAGAAGUACACUAACUUGUACUACCUGUAGGAACACAUCCUUGAGUUUUGAGUCGUUCUGGAGUCUUUCCUUACCAUUACCCUCAAAAUCAAAAUCGCAUUCAAGUUCCCUAUUCAUCACUAUAUCCGACUGUUUCCAGUUAUACUCAGCAGAAGAGAGACUAGAUAGUGAUAAUCAACCAGUAUGUACCAAGUGUAAAUCAUCACAGCCAAGCACAAAGAAACUAGAUAUUCAGAUAUUUCCAAAAAUUCUCAUAUUACAUCUUAAAAGGUUCACGGUUCGAAAUAGAUAUUGUACCAAACUGCCCUCUAAUGUAAAAGUACCAACUACUGUCACUGUCGAGGAAAUAGCAGUUGAUAAAGAAUCUGUUAAAUCGUUCAAAUAUGAAUUGUAUGGUAUCAUAAAUCACUCCGGUACCAUUUCAUUCGGUCAUUACAAAGCUGAAUGCAAGCACAGUGGAAAGUGGUACACCUUCAAUGAUAGAGUUGUGACAUCGUCUUCAGAGGCAAUGAUAACAAAUCCCUCUGCAUCUCCAUAUGUACUCUUUUAUGAAAAAAUCGAUCGAUAAAUUUUAAUAGAAGUCUCCAGAUACUUUGGAUAGCACGUAACUAUUGUUGCUGGUUCAACCGAAAUUUUAUUUUUUGUAUCAUUCCCUUUAUCAGUGUAUAUUUAUUGCUUCAAUCAAGACUGGUACUUGAUCAGUCAAUCAGCAUUGUACUGUUUUGUGUUAAUAAUAA